CUACCUUACAGCCUUAGCUCUCCUCUGGUUGCGAGGAGUAAUGGUACGAUGGUAUUCGGCUUCUCAGAGCUGACUGCUAGCCAAAAUCUUGUAUGGAAUCCGUGUCAUGAUAACUUCACAUGUGCACUCCUAGAAGUACCCCUUGAUUACAGCAACAUCUCGGUCGGAACGAUCAAUCUAGCAAUCAUCAAGAAGCCUGGCGAGAGCGAAGAUGCACAAGAGGUCUUGGUCAACCCUGGAGGCCCAGGUGGCUCAUCUGUCGAAAUGGUGCUUUUGGAUGACGCAGCUAUCCAGGACAAGAUUGGAUCGCAGUAUUCUUUGGUCGGUAUUGAUCCACGUGGGGUUCAGGAUAGUGGCCCGUCAAGCGAUUGCUUCCCUCCCGAUCGCUACCCAUAUGUCGCCCGCAACGCCUUCUUUACGGAUGUAUUCGCGCUUGCAGACAUCACUUCGAAUCACGCGCUUCGUCUCAGCCACCAGUCGGCCCUCGCAUAUGGUAAAUGGUGCUCCAGAAUCUACUCCGUAAAUGGGACCGCCAAAUACGCCAGCACGGUUGCUACUGCUCAGGAUAUGCUUCACUACAUUGAGCUUCAAGCGGAAAGCAAAGGACAACCGCCAAAAGAAGCGAAGCUAUGGUACUACGGAAUCAGCUACGGGUCCAUCCUGGGUCCCACAUUCGCGAAUCUCUACCCCGAUCGAGUCGGGAGGAUGAUCAUCGACGGUGUGAUGGAUUUAGAAGACUAUUACAACGGAGGAUGGGAAAAAUCCAUUGUUGAUAGCGAUGAAGCUGCCCGAUCGUUCUUCAAGAGGUGCUUCGAGGCUGGACCUGGACUUUGCGAGUUUCACCAAAAUGCCACGUCAGGGGAACAGAUUGAGCAGCGAUACUUGAAUCUACUCGAUGCUCUUAAGGAGUCGCCGAUUGGCCUCGGGGACCCGCUCUCGAAUACGUCGUCCACGGCACUUGCUCAGUCUGGUCUUAUUCUCACGCCAUUUGUUCUCACGUGGCAAGACUUUGCCAGCAGCAUGUUCUCCACCUCAUACAUGCUGUCUCCUGCUUCCUUUGUGGCCAUGGAUCUCGGCCUUGUUGCACUUCAGACUGGUAACACCGAACUGCUGUCUAGUGCUUCGGUCAAGGCACAGAUCUCUACCUACGCGCCAACGUAUGAUGCUCGGAUGGCUCGGACUUUGAUUGCCUGUCUGGACGCCAAUGGGCGGUCCAAUUACACAAAGUUCGAGGACUAUAAGGGUUUCAUGAAUAGCAUGUAUAAUGCAAGCAUCUAUGGUGGCUUGAGCAUUGCUUCUUUUAGUGGGCCGAUUUGUAGCAAGUUGGAUAUUCAUCCACCGGAGAGCCAGAAGUUCGACGGCAUCCCUGGAGUGAAAAAUACGAGUGCGCCCAUCUUGUUCAUUGGCUCCAUCGCCGACCCCAUCACUCCACUCCCAGCGGCAAAGAAGAUGCAUGGACUUUUUCCCGGCUCGGGUCUCUUAGUAUUCAACAAUAGCGGACACUGCGCCCACUUUCAGAAAGCAAAGUGUGUCUCGAAGUAUGAAAAACAAUAUAUGCUUGACGCCACUCUUCCGCCUGCGAACACGACUUGCGAGGUCGACGAACCGAACCCGUGGAUUGCGUUGGCAAAACAAUAUAAUCUCACCCAAGCAUCUGCUUGAAGUGAUGAGCUUCUUUUUCUGAAUGUGGCUGAGGAGUUUUAGUAGGCUUCAAUUCGAGUUUGCAAAGCGCUGUUAAGGUGACGAG